AUGCAAUCCUUCAUCGUUGCCUCCCUUCUUGUCGCCUGUGUCCUCGCUCAGUACCAACAACAACAGUACCAGCAGCAGCCAAACAACCAGCAGUAUUAUAACAAUCAAUACCAAACCACCACACGAGGCUACAACCAGAACCAAUUCGGCCAAACCCAAAACCAAUUCGGACAAACGCAAUUCGGACAGACCACCACACCACGCUACACCAGCCAAGCCAUGUACGGAACGACCCAGUCUGGCAGACAAUUCGAUCAACAAGGAAACCAAGUGUUCUUCAAUUCCGUUGGAAAAUCCACCGCCGUUUUGUCGUUGGUCGGAGCCGCCGCCUACGCUCUUCUCUAA